AUGCAGUCCGCCGCACAGGCUGCGCCGGCCGAUGCUGGUAAAUCGGCCGAUGCGAUCAAAAGCAGCCCCGCCUCUAAUACGAACGACCCCGUCCCUGAGCGGUUACCACGCGGUCACCAACGCAUCGUCUUCACCGACCCGGUCGCCCUCCGAUACCUCGAAGAAGAUCCAUCUACAGACGUGCUGCAUCGACGGGAAUUCCUCCAGGGGUACGAGAUCUACAUUGUUGAAAAUUGGGCCUGUUCACGGAGCCAUCCCACCUUUGUGAUAUCGACAUAUACCGGUGACCCGUCGCAUAGAGUUGUGGCGGGCGUGUUGAGUGUUCCAACAGAUGAGACGACAUGGUCACCCCGUUUGCAGAUGUACUUCGACGCGAUGAAGAAAUACCAUGCUCGGUCGAAGGAAACGCCGCUGGGCACGAUCAUGGUGACGGAUUUGGGCUCCUUCCCGUCCUCACUGAUGGUUCUCCCGGUUCCGGAAGGCGAUAUCAGGAAACAUCGGAAUGAUUUCAUUGUCAAUGAGAAUUUGAAACGGCUUGGUUGCGCUGGUCGCGCGGGCCUGAAGCUACAGCGGCCGUUGGCUGCGACUGAAGCCAAAUUCUACCAGCUUUAUCGUGCGAGUGAACGCGUGCCGGCGGAAACUGCCGUUAUGGAGAUGGUCAAGCAGUGUCAGAUUGCAUUGAUGGUGUUUGACAAAUUAGCUCCUGAAUACGUGGAUGGCUUGCUGUGUGAUGUUACUGAAAAGGCGAUUGAAGAUUGGUGGGCGGAUAUCGGUACAGAGUUGUACAAUGUCGAACCUAGUGAUGGAGUCCUGGGACCGACUAGCGUGGCAGCCCUGCUAGGAACGCUGUUGGGUGCGCGAAACCGCCUUCACGCUUGUGGAGCACCCGUUGGAAAGGAUGCUUUUGAUAUCGAUAAUUUGAAGAGAGGAAUUGGUGGAUUCCAAAAGUCGCAAAAGAUGAACCGCUCGCGAAGACUUGACCGGCGGACUCUGGAUCGACUCCAUCGUGUCACGGCCAAAGCAGCCAACUCUGAAGGAUGGAGCGACGCGAUCAAAUCCACCAUGACUGAACUCGGCGGUCAGGGCGGCGAGAUGGUUAUGGGAAUGGUCCGCGGGCGAGAGAAAGGCGGCAUUGCCGAUGUCGAAACUCUGGACCUUGAUUACUUUGUACAAUGUGUUUACGGAUCAAGGGCCAAGUGGCUUUGGCUUGGAAAAGCCCGCAAGAGUGGCACCGAUACUGGGUUUACGAAUGCCCCAGGCUCGGAGAUGAUGUUUACCGAAGACGACCAAGGUGGCUACGUCUGGACCAGUCGGAAAAAGCACUCGACGGAGGAUUUGCAUGCCGAGCGAGUUGCAUCUGGACUGGACCGGCAGUGGAAAACACCUGAAUCCUUGACUAUAGAAGAAAAAGAGCAUCGAAAAAAGGGUGUCAGUGGACGAGUAUCCGACGCUCGAGCUGGUCUCGGUCGGUUCAAAGAUGCAGUCGGCAUCCGUUCCCACCACAAGCAAUUUCGUGAAGGCACCGAUGUACACCAUGAUAUCGCGUAUCGGCCAUCUCUCGAUAGCGACACAGAGAGACAUAUGCCCAGGAGAAUAAAGUCUGACCUGUUGCCAGAGACAAAAAUUGACGAGUCGGCAACCCAAAAUGAAGAGGAGUUGACCUCCCUGGCUCCCGAUACAAGUUCCGAUGUGAAACCUCCCGAAAUCCAUAUCGACUCCCCACCCCCAGCCAACGAGGAAGAUGUACAGACUCAAGAAGUCGAUGAAGUCCCAGAGCUACAGCCUAUUCGAAGUAUAGACGAGGAAUCUGAUAUCGAACGAACGCGAACCCACUCUACUGCAGCAUCAAGUGAUCGAGAACGAGACCACGAUGAAUCGGCUGCUGGCCUGGCCAUGAUGGCUCUACGGCGGCCCCAGAGCUGUAAAGAGCUCCGCAACCCCGAUGGAGACGCGGAUCGGGACGAUGGUCGAUGCCCGCGGCAUUUAUCUUUCAGCAAUGUUGAAGAAGUCGUGCUGACCUGGGAACCACUCGUUGGCCAGCCACAGGUCAAGGAUAACGCAACUUUAGAGGAAGCCAUUGCCCAAGAAGACAUAUUGGCUUCCGAUGCGCGAAUCUUCAGCUCUCGAAUUCUCGAACUAAGUGAACACUGUGUUCCCUGGGUCGAGCGCCAAGUCGAUUCCGUGGACGGGCUUAACCAGGUACUCUCUGACCGCUACGAAGAACUCAACACGGUCUAUCUUGAACGCUUCGGCGAUUACCAGCGACUUCGUGAGAGAUCUAGUGAUCUUCUUACGGAUGAGCAUUCUCAGCUCACAGACAGCGUCAAGCGUGUGGAGCUCCUGGGCGCGAAACUUGAUUAUGAGCUUCACGUUCUGGAGUCCAAAGUCGAGGACAUGGAAGAGGGAUUGACUGAUUUUGAACGACACAUUUUCAACGUGGAGACGCGGGUCAAAGGUCUGCUCCAAGGCGAGGAAGAGCAGAGCAGCAUUUCCUGGAUGGCAUGGGUGAGGCGGUCAUUCGGAUUCCCAGCACCUUGA